AUGACAACGAAUAGUCACUAUUGUCCAUUAACGUUCGUCUUUAUCAUGAUAAUCAUUUAUCCAUACGUUCAUGGAGAAUGUUCAUUGGAUUGUGGUAGCCAUGGCGGUCGAUGUCUUCAGACAAAAAUGCCAGACAUGUCGGAGAUAUGUUCUUGCCCAGAUGGAACAUAUUCAAAUUCAACAUGUUUAGAUGUUGCAGAUGGACAGGAGAAUAAUGUCACAUCGAUUAACAUUCAUGCUCGACGAUUAUUAGCUGUUUGUGAACAUUCAUUUUGUGGUGAUACAGGUGUUUGUAUCGUUAUUGAUUCAACGUUCGGGUGUAUUUGUCCGGAUGGUGGCAUCGCAGAUAGAUGUACAGCGAAUACGAAUAAUGCCUUUAUCUCCUAUUGUGCUGGUGGAUGUUUGAAUAAUGGUGUUUGUAAUCCGCUCAUUGGGGCGUGCACCUGUCCUAGCGGUUUUAUGGGUGUACGAUGUGAAAUCGCUCGAAGUACGGAUCUUUGCCGAGAUAUUGUAUGUCGUAAUGGUGGAGUCUGUAAUGUUAUAAGUCCAACUUAUGCAACAUGUUGGUGUCUUUUGGGUUUUCACGGUGAUUAUUGUGAACGACAAACAGUUGCUCCAAGAUGUGCUUCCAGCCGAUGUUACAAUGGCGGCACAUGCUACGAACAUUCGCCUGCGUCAACAAUAUUUGCUUACUGUUUAUGCAGACCUGGUUUUGUUGGUUCUCGAUGUGAAGUUGAAUAUUUUCGAUGUCCGACAAAUGGCUUCUAUGCUGAUGCGUAUGGUUGUGCUCAAGGCAAAUACUUCGAAUGUGUUGAAAAGACAAUCAUUAUCUCUCGCUCGUGUCCACGAGGUCUUCGUUUCAACUUCUUUCUCGGUCGGUGUGAUUAUGCCAGCAAUGUGGCUUGUCCUGCUUUAUAA